ACCGGACUCACCGAGCGCACGACACGCACUAGCUAGCGACAUAGAACUGCUAUAGGAUCAGACGCACGUCUGGAGUCAGGCUGCUAGCGCAAAUUCUUUUCCUUAUUUUGUAUUUAUUGGUACUUAUUUUAACCUGGACAGAACGCUGAAUUUAGAACUGGAGAUCUAAUCACUGAACUAAACAUUUGGAUGAUUCGAGUCCAUUGACAUUUCUAUAGGGAUAGAAAUAGUGUCUAGGUCCUCCCCAAAUAUAGCUAUUCCUUACCGAGGAACACAAGACGCGCAUACUCACAAGCACAAGUGGCUUGCUUGAACCAGCAUCGUGGCUACUUUUACAGCAGUGGCAUGUUCGAGGGAUAAAGCGGACAAAAUUGAACUCCCACCUAAGGAGUACAGCGCCUAUACUACAACACUAUAAGAUCAACUCGAACUGCGAUGACUAGACUACAAACUUCCGCACGCUCUCUUUGACGCUUUCUCUUCUCAAAAGCGCCUCUGUAUUUUGGCACGGCGACAGAUCCAAUCCAUGGGAAUACAGAAGGAUUCAAUGAAAAUGUCUGUCUGCGUCCACGAGAACCGUAAGUCGCGUGCCAGCACCGGCUCCAUGAACAUCUACCUGUUCCACAAGUCCUCAUAUGCUGACAGCGUCCUCAUGCACCUGAACACGCUGCGGCAGCAGCGUCUCUUCACCGACGUCCUCCUCCAUGCCGGGAGUCGCUCCUUCCCCUGCCACCGUGCUGUGCUGGCUGCCUGCAGCCGCUACUUUGAGGCCAUGUUCUCUGGCGGGCUGAAGGAGAGCCAGGCCAGCGAGGUGGACUUCAGGGACUCUAUCCACCCGGAGGUCCUGGAGCUCUUAUUAGACUAUGCUUACACAUCCCGGGUUGUCAUCAAUGAGGAAAAUGCAGAGUCCCUCCUUGAGGCCGGGGACAUGCUGGAGUUCCAGGACAUUCGGGACGCCUGCGCCGAGUUCCUGGAGAGGAACCUGCACCCGUCCAACUGCCUGGGCAUGCUGCUGCUUUCCGACGCCCACCAGUGUACGAAGCUGUCUGAGCUUUCCUGGGGCAUGUGCCUCAACAACUUUCCCACCAUCUGCAAGACAGAGGAUUUCCUCCAGCUUCCCAAAGACAUGGUGGUGCAGCUCCUGUCCCACGAGGAACUGGAGACAGAGGAUGAGAGGCUGGUCUACGAGGCUGCCCUCAACUGGGUCAACUACGACUUGGAGAGGAGGCACUGCAACCUGCCUGAGCUGCUGCAGACCGUCCGCCUGGCUCUACUCCCUGCCAUCUUCCUCAUGGAGAAUGUGUCCACAGAGGAGCUGAUCAAUGACCAGUUGAAGAGCAAGGAGCUGGUGGACGAGGCUAUCCACUGCAAGCUGAAGAUCCUUCAGAACGAUGGUGUGGUGAAAAGCCCCUGCGCCCGGCCCAGGAAGACCAGCCACGCCCUGUUCCUGCUGGGAGGACAGACCUUUAUGUGUGACAAGCUGUACCUGGUGGACCAGAAGGCCAAGGAGAUCAUCCCCAAGGCAGACAUCCCCAGCCCGAGGAAGGAGUUCAGCGCCUGCGCCAUUGGCUGUAAUGUCUAUGUGACUGGCGGGAGGGGCUCAGAGAACGGUGUGUCCAAAGACGUGUGGGUCUACGACACCUUGCACGAGGAGUGGUCCAAGGCGGCGCCCAUGCUCAUCGCUCGCUUUGGCCACGGCUCGGCCGAGCUGAAACACUGCCUCUAUGUAGUUGGAGGACACACGGCCGGCACUGGCUGCCUCCCCGCCUCGCCCUCAGUGUCCUUGAAACAGGUGGAGCAGUUCGACCCGGGGGCCAAUAAAUGGACCAUGGUGGCGCCGCUGAGGGAGGGUGUGAGCAACGCAGCGGUGGUCAGCGUAAAGCUGAAACUCUUUGCCUUCGGAGGCACCAGCGUCACCCACGACAAACUACCCAAGGUGCAGUGCUAUGACCCGCAGGAAAACCGCUGGACGGUGCCCGCCUCCUGCCCACAGCCCUGGCGCUACACCGCCGCUGCUGUCCUUGGAAACCAGAUAUUUGUGAUGGGUGGGGACACAGAGUUCUCAGCGUGUUCGGCCUAUAAGUUCAGCAGCGACACGUACCAGUGGACUAAAGUGGGAGACGUGACAGCCAAGAGAAUGAGCUGCCAGGCCGUGGCGUCAGGUAACAAACUGUACGUGGUGGGGGGCUACUUUGGCACGCAGCGGUGUAAGACUCUGGACUGUUAUGAUCCGACGCUGGACGCGUGGAACAGCAUAACUACCGUACCCUACUCCCUCAUCCCAACAGCCUUCGUCAGCACCUGGAAACAUCUCCCUGCCUGAGCUGCAAGGGAUCCUGGGAUAGCCUGACACCUCCAUCCCAACCCCCCUCCCAUGAGAUUUCCCUGUUUUGCAUCAUCCACUGGAUUGGAACUUCCUGUCUGUGCCCAAAAAAAUAUAAAAAAAAUAAUCCAUAAAUAGACCUGAACCAUGGUGUGAGUGUGAAAACACACCUUGAUCCAUCCUGAUGAUGCUGUGAGUACACAGAUGUUUAAAGAACCAUCAAUGCUCCUGGGAGGUCCUUGUACACAGAAUGAUGUCACAAUGUCAAUGAUGUCAUAUUGUUUCUGAGAGGGAGGUUAGGAUAUUGUUCAUGCAAACACGCUCAAAAAACUGCUGCUUGUGCUGUAAAAUAACAACAACCCCUUAAUCCCAGUGUACUAUUGGCAAAUGACGCCGUUGCUUCGCAGCCCUUCAUAAAAUAACCAUCAACAUACCAGUCAGUCACACACUCACACAGCAUUUCUUUCCAUUCAUUCAUGAAAGACUUUGUCGUAUUGCUAUGUCGUUGCGCUUCUCACUCUGAUAAUUCUGUGAAAUUAAAUGGGGGGAAAAAAACUGAAAAAAACACGCCCUCUGCACAGGGACUUUAAUAUAAUGGCAUGAAAAAUAUCUGGCUGGACAUAGGAUACAUAUGGAGAGAGGAGAGUGGAGAGUCAGUGAUCAACAUGUGCGUGACCAGACCAGAGAACAGGACAAAGACAAAACUCUUCAGCUUGUUUAUAACCAGCUGAUCCACAAACUGAUCCAGGAUAUGCACAAUGAA